CCUCUGCCAAGCAUGGAGGCCAUCUACCUAAUCACACCCUCAGAUGAGUCUGUUGAGGGUCUGAUUGAUGACUUCAGAGACCCACAGGCUCCAAGGUACCGGGCAGCUCACGUCUUCUUCACAGACAGGGCUAAAGACUGGUUCUCCUUCCCAAGUCAUCACCGAUCCCAGACUCGUUGUUUGGACUGUUGACCAAAUCCCGCGCCUCCAAAGCCAUGAAGGCCUUGACUGAGAUCCACGUCGCCUUUCUGCCCUAUGAAUCUCAGGUAUUUUCCCUGGAUAAAGUGGAUGCCUUUCAGGACUUCUAUAGCCCCUUCAAGGCUGACGUGAAGAAUAACAUGUUGGAGCGUUGUGCUGAACAGAUUGCCACACUCUGCGCUACACUCAAAGAGUAUCCUGGAGUCCGAUACAGAGGGGAGUACAAAGACUGUGCAGUUCUGGCCCAGAUGCUUCAGGAGAAGCUGGACGGCUACAAGGCAGAUGACCCCACCAUGGGAGAGGGUCCAGACAAGUCUCGUACUCAACUGCUCAUUCUGGAUCGUGGGUUUGAUCCUGUGUCACCUCUCCUUCAUGAGCUCACGCUGCAGGCCAUGGCCUACGACUUGCUGGGCAUCGAGAAUGACGUCUACAGUUUUGAGACCAGUGGGAUGGGGGAGACGAGAAUGAAAGAGGUGGUGCUGGAUGAGGAUGACGACCUGUGGCUGACUCUGAGACACAAACACAUUGCUGAGGUGUCAACGGCUGUGACUCGUUCUCUGAAAGAAUUCUCUGCCAGCAAAAAGAUGAACACCGGAGAAAAGACCACCAUGAAGGAACUGUCUCAGAUGCUGAAGAAGAUGCCUCAGUAUCAGAAAGAGCUCAGCAAGUAUUCAACCCAUCUCCACCUGGCUGAGGACUGUAUGAACCGUUACCAGGGAACUGUGGAUAAACUCUGUCGUGUAGAACAGGAUCUGGCGAUGGGCAUAGAUGCAGAGGGAGAGAAGAUCAAGGAUCCCAUGAGGCUCAUUGUACCCGUUCUACUUGACGCCAAUGUCAACGUGUCUGACAAGAUCCGCAUCAUUCUGCUCUACAUCUUCCUUAAGAAUGGUGUGACUGAGGAGAACCUGUGUAAACUCCUUCAGCAUGCCAGCAUCCCACCAGAAGACAGUGACAUAAUUUCCAACAUGGCCCACUUGGGUGUCCCCAUUGUCUCUGAGGGCACCGCCAAGAAAGCUAAGAAGCCUGAUCGUAAGGAGCGAAUCAGUGAGCAGACCUACCAGCUAUCCAGGUGGACUCCUCUUGUCAAGGAUCUCAUUGAGGACGCUAUUGAGGACAAACUUGAUCCCAAGCUGUACCCAUACAUUUCUCAGCGACAAGUAUCUGCCAAAGCCAGUGCUCCAUCAAGUGCUCGCUAUGGUAACUGGCACAAGAACAGGGGCCCCACAGAGAUGAAGACAGGGCCCAGGAUCAUUGUCUUUAUUAUUGGAGGGAUGACGUACAGUGAGAUGCGCUGUGUGUAUGAGGUCACCCAGGCCAACGGCAAGUGGGAGGCCCUGAUCGGUUCCACCCACAUCCUCACCCCGCCAAAGUACCUAAAGGAACUACAGCACCCAGAUUUCCUGGACCCCAACGCCCCACCAGAGGUCACUGAGGAGCCACCUGCAGAAUGAAAAGAUGCUUGGAAGAUCAACUGAAAUCUUCACCCCUUCUCGCCUUCUAAAAACCCUCAAAGACUUGGAGAAAGAAGAGCAGACUAGUUAAGAAGCUCCUAUAGUGCUCUCUCCUCAGCCAUCAUACAGCAGUAACCCUCUCCUCCACCUGACAUGACAGAUUAAAUAAACACUCGAUGUUGUAUGGGAUACAUUUGCUGUUAACUCAUAAACCAAACUGUGUUUUAAAUCACAUCAUCAUUUGUGGAAUUUAACGAGUGUGUUAAUCAAAGUUUAUUGCAAGAGAUUGAAUUUGUGUUGAAUGUUGUCUACUGUGUAUUGUGGGAUGUUUAUUUCUUUGGAGAAGUAAAAUAAGUUUAGAUGGAAUGAAUGAGAUUCAGAUUAUGGGCUAUAAAUGAAAACGGGUUAAAGUGGGACAGUUAUUCCACUGCUUUACAUUUGAACGGAACAAAAUAUUCUUUUCAUUGAAGACAUAGAUUUGACACAUUAUUUGUGAAUUCACUUCUAUUGUAUUCUCUCCCAUACUAAUACGCAUCCUUCUUCUUUUAUUUGGUUUUGCUAGUUAGUUUUAUGUAGUACAUACAGUAGCAACCCAUGCCAUACUGUACAAAUCAGAUUACAGUGAUGUGUCUGACCUUGGAAAUGCCAACGUUAAGCCACUCUCAUGGUAUACUUAGUUGUAGACCAAGCAUUUUGAAAGAAGAAUUUACAGUAUAGUUGGAUUGUCUCUCGUGCAUUGUCUCAAUACUCAGCAGUGUUUUUGACAGUGUAUUUUUGUCCUGUAGAGAUUCAGUUUCUUUUUUGGUUCCCUGUGUUUGACCUUAACGUUGUCAUUGAUUAUUUUGUAUAGUGUGUCUCUGUAACUAGUAAUCCACUAUGA